CAAGGCAGCUUCCGUGUUCCAACGGCACCGCGUGGUGGCGCCACUAAUCAACAAUCGUGUCAUGCCUCUUUUCCUAGGCGUUCGCUGAUACUGUGUUGCUGGUUUUUCUGUUGAUGAAAAAACAGUUGAAAAGGCACAAUGGUUCAACGAUUGAGAUAUCGUAGGCGUAACCCGUACAACACAACUUCAAAUACAAGAAGAAUCUCUAAAACACCUGGUGGACGUCUAGUAUAUUUACGAACAAAGAAGGUUGGCACAAUUCCAAAAUGUGGUGAAACAAAAAGAAAAUUAUUUGGAAUCAAACCAGGCAGGCCCAAGCAGUUGAUGUCAAGAACACGUCGUCUCAAGACCGUUACUAGGACAUACGGUGGAUGCUUGUGUUCAAAAGCACUUCGUGAAAGAAUUGUUCGCGCUUUCUUAGUCGAAGAACAGAAGAUUGUUGUCAGAGUAUUGAAAGCUCAACAGAAGAAAUAGAUAUUACCUUUAUCUAUUAUUUUUUCUGUCAUUACGAGACAACAAUAAAAAACUGUUAAACCUGG